AUGGACCCCCGGCGUCGCACCCUCGCAUCGGGCGAUCCCCAUGGCGGCUCGAAUAUCCCUCUGCCCGCAUCGGCGCUGAAGAGGCCCCAGGCGCAACUGGCAAGCUCCACCCGGGACGGCGGCGGAAACUCGAGAUUCUCGCUGGCCCCUCAACGCCUGCCAUCCCACUCUGGUGCUAGACAGUCGAGCGUCGCAACCUCCUCAAAUUUUCAGUUCUCGCAGCAUGCCGAUCCUUACUUCCAAUCUUCCCAGGCCACCGGUUUCUCGAACUCUCAACAUCAUGAUGCUGCUAGACGUUCUUCGGUGUACCAGGCCCCCCAGACGGUGCUUCGCCAACCUACCAGCAGCUCUAAUUUUCCUACUGCCAGUCGAGGGCCUAUGUCGGUGAAUAGAAAUGAGCACGCCCAUUACCGAUCAAGCAGCGCCAACGAUGUCCCUCCUGCAGGCCUGCCCAAUUCGCAUUCCACGCCUUCUGCUCACCGGGCUUCAUCCGUCGGGCCAUUCCAGGCCUCUCACCACGGCACCUCUUCCCUCCUCCCGCCCUUUCAAACCUACAAAGAACCUCGCCCACGCGACAGAAAGACUGUCGCUCACUGGCAGCAUGAAGUUUACGAAUUUCUGCAAGAACGUGGCUAUCCCGAACCAUUGACAAUCAAGACCCUUCAGACCCCAACAACCAAAGACUUCCAACAUAUCUUCAAGUUUAUCAUCCAAUGCUCUGAUCCUGGCCACGUCUGGGGAGUUCACGGCAAGAAGCCCGAGGACGAAGUGAUUCCACUGUUGAAGAUGAUGGGAUAUCAUGCGUAUGAUGUACUCACUAAAAGUGGACUACAAGCACCCGGGAGCAUGCAUACCUGGCCUACCUUGUUGGCAAUGUUACACUGGAUUGUCACGACCAUCAAGCUGCGUGAAGAAGCGAUGUCCAGCGAUAAAAUGCGAUUAGAUACUCAAGUCGAACCAUCCCCGGACGACAGCCGCGCCGAGGAUCUGGCAGCCACCAGCCAUUGGUUACAGUAUCUUGAAGCGACUUACAAAUUGUUUCUUCAAUCAGAUGAUUUUGACCGUGAAUUACACAAGCCGCCGUUAGAGGAAUACUUUCAGAAACGUAAAGAUCGUGUCCUAUCCGAAAUCGAAAGACUAGAAACUCGUACCGCCCAACUGGAGGAGCAACACAAACGCCUAGCCAGCAAACCUUCAGCGUUGGAAGGAGCCAAAAAAGAGCACGAAAAACUAGGCAGAGACGCUGAGAGGUUUUUAGAGUAUAUUGCCAAGCUACGAGAGGCGAACAAGAAGUCAGAGAAGUUCAAUGAAGCGCUCAAGCAAAAUUUGGAUAUCAUAGAGGCAAAACUGAGGGAAUCUCAGAAGAGAAAAGCAGAACUAGCAACCUUGGUAGCCAAGCAGAACAUCAGCGAUGUCGAGUUGCAGCAGAUCUCAUCCACCCGAGCUCAAUUAGAGCGAUCGUCAGCAACUGCCGCGGCAAAGCGAAGUCAACUGGAAGAAACGAAUCUGGACUUGGAAGUUCGAAGUACCCAAGCCUCAGACCGGGUUGAGAAGAUGCUGACGAUCUACAAGAACAAGGCCGUCAAACUGGGUCUGAUCCCGCGCGCACCAGAGCCGUUCGAGCAUCUAGACUUCAGCCAAACGGUCAACGGUGGUGCAGCCGAUGUUGCCAACAUGCUCCCCGAUCCAACCGUCGAGAUCAAACCCGCACUGAUCCAACUCAAGAAGAACACUAUCGGACAUCGCUUGGGACUUACCGAUCAAGUCUUGGCGGUUGAGGAGAAACUCGCAAACCUCACCGAGACUCUUCAAGAAAAAAGAGAGAAUUUACAGAUCUCGGAAACCUCCGUUCAACAGCUGACUAAGCGACUUGAAGAUGAUAAAGAAAAAUUUGCCGCCGAAACAAAUCGGAUGAACGAGCAGAUUGACUCUAUUCUCAAACGAGUUACUGAGACUGAGUCUACCAUCGAAAACAGUCGGAUGACGAUCGAACAUGAAAUCCAAGCACUGAGAGUCAGGUUGGAUGAGACAGAAGACCGGAUCAGUAAACUGACUAAAGAUAAUGUGGAUGAGAUGAACUCCAUGUUAGGGUUCAUUGUAUCUUAUAAAGAACGGAUCGGGGAAAAGACCUUACAGUUAAAGCUCUUGUCUGAAUCUACUGGAGGUCCCAGCAACAAUCUUGUCGCUAACAACCAGGUUGGCGGCAGUGGCAGUCAUACCGCCAACAUGCGCAUUUGA